UCCGCGCUCCCGAGCCGAUCCGAUCCGAUCCGAUCGCGUUCCUUCCCGACGCACCGCGGACUCGAAUCCACCUGACUCGCCGUUGUCCCCGAUCAGUCCUCAGUGCGCACCUCGACAGCUUCCGAUCCUCGUCGCCGCCCGCGAUCGUGACCUCCAGUGCCCGACCCGGAAACCGCCAACCGCCCCCACGUGCAGUGACCCCCGCCCAGGCCCCCCGACGGAGGAUAGCCGCAGCCCCCCAGGAUGGCAGCUACCAUGGCAAAACCCGUGAACGGUGUAAGCAAUGGGAACGGAGUGAGCGAAAAUGGCAUGAACGGGAAUAAGCUUGAGAAUGGAAAUAAGCUUGAGAACGGGAUCUGUUACGCUGAUGAGUCCGGACUUGCCUACAUCGACUUCGACCACAACGACCCGCUGCAGCUCUUCAGAGACUGGUUGCAGGAGGCCAAAACUUGCUCUUGUCUCCUUCCUGAGGCACUUGUCCUCUCAACGGCCACACAAGACGGUAAAGUUAGUUCAAGAAGUUUGUUAUUAAGGAGAAUAGAAGAAGAUGGAAUUGUCAUCAUGACAGACAACAGAAGCAGAAAAGUUCGAGAAAUUAAAGAAAAUCCACGAGUUGCAAUUGUAUUUUUAUGGGUUUACAAGAAGGAUGGAGUAACUCAAAACAAGCAGGUCCGGAUUGAGGGUAGCAUUGAACAGCUAACCCGUCCACGGUAUCAAGAUCUGUACGACAGAGAGCCCUUCUUCUGCAAGGUUCGCGCGCACAUUUGCCAUCAGGACAGCCCGACCGAAUGGGAAACUCUCAAGGAAAAGCACGACACUCUAGUCAAGAGAGUCCAGCAGAAAGAGACUGAUCUACCCAUGCCGGAUCAUUUCACGGCGUUUAAGGUGUUCCCGGAUUUCAUGGAGUUCUACUACGGGAAGGAGAAGCACAUCGCGGACCGCAUCCUCUUCGUUAAAGACAAGCCGCAGGUCGACUGGCACAUGCAACGACUCACAGCCUGAUUCGCCAUCGGACCACCGACCAGUUCGCACAACCGGGGCCGCCAAUUGUUUAUAUCGGCUCGAAACAUGCGCACAAAACGCCGCCGUGCUGAGGUAAACCGUCGUAUGUGCAUUCGGAUUCAGAGGCGUGGCGUGAAUGAUCGAUUAUCGAUAUUUCUCCAUUUGAAGCUAUGGUAAAGAAUCGAUUGUCAAGGUGUUCGCUGCGAACACCCUCUUUAUCGAUCCUUUUCCAUAGGUUAGAAUGACAGAUCUGUCGAUAUAUCGCAAAGCACGCCACGCCACUGAAUUUCGGAUGUCGCCAAAUUCUUCCGGUAAAAUGUGGAUUUUGGAGAAACGUUAUUGAAGAGUGGGAAUCGGACUAAAUUUUGCAAUUGGGAACCACAAUUUAUGGCUCAGUCUAGAAACAACGUAUGUGCAAUUGGUUUCCUCAUACACUUGCGUGUUUUUACGUAUGGACCAGAAAUCGUGGUCCCUAACUGCAAGAUGUAGUGCAGUUCAAAAUUUGGAAAGAGCCAUUAAGUGUUGCGGCAUAAAAUAACCUGAGUGACUUCGUUUCAUGGAAUUUUUUGAGAUUUUUCUCUGAAUUCUAUUUUCAUUCUUCGGACGAGAAUCGCGAUGUGUGUAAGCCUCCGAACCGAAUCCCUAUUAGAUGAGAGGAAAAUUAAACAAUCUACCAACAUUUAAUGUCGCUUACGAGGUUUUGAAUUUCCACUCUUCAAUUGAGAAUAUUUUUCCUUGAAAAAAGGUACCUCAGAUGAAAUUGUCAGGAAGAGGAGUCCGAUCUGCGAUGCCUAACCACCAUAGACUCCCAAAACCCGUAUUCUUAGUUCAACUCCGUAAUUAAGAGGAAAUUCAAGAAAAAAUAUCCAUAAUUUUUUUCCG